AAUCCAGACAGAGAAGCAAUAACUGAGUAUCACCCAGGAUGCUGCAGUGGAUAGGUGUAAUGUGAAAACUGAUUGCGGAGAAGGUCAGUCAAAAAAGACGUUCAUCACCCCAGGCGUGUUUGUGGUUAUAUCUGAGCUGUUGAUGUAACCGGAGCAAGAAAAGCCAUGGAAAGGCCGGUCUUCAUAGUCACUCUGACACUGUUUGCUGUGAUGCUGAUGGGCAUUGGGGCCAACAAUUGUGUUUGCAGCAGAAGAUCAAGGUGCCACUGUGAGGGAGUGAAAGGCAGCAGGGGAGACAGAGGUUUCCCAGGAGUUUCAGGGCCCCCUGGGCCAGAUGGCCGUCCGGGACCAGAUGGUCAUGUUGGGCCUAUGGGACCAAAGGGCAGCACUGGACCUGAUGGAACGGUGGGGUCCAAAGGAAAUCCGGGACCAGAAGGCAAAGAAGGGUUUGCUGGCUCUCAUGGUCUCCCAGGUAUCCCAGGAUUACAGGGGCCUCCUGGCCCCCCAGGUGCCCCAGGUUGCAACGGAACCGAUGGAGACGAUGGACCUCCUGGUAUUCCUGGUGCCCAUGGUAUUGAUGGACUUCCAGGUCCACCAGGUCUGCCUGGACCUAAGGGUGACUCUUGGGUAUCAGUGAAUCCAACGCCAGGACCAUUGGGGCUGCCUGGGAGGGACGGAGAGCCGGGCAUUCCAGGUUUACCUGGAGAUACUGGACCAUCAGGGGACCCCGGACCACAAGGCUCUGUCGGGCUUCCUGGCCAUCCAGGAGCACCAGGAUCUAAGGGUCAAGAAGGCACAGGCGGCGUCCCAGGACCUCGUGGAUCAAAGGGGAGACCAGGCCAACCGGGCCUGCCAGGGCCACCAGGUCGGGUUAGGGAGUUUUUCACUGAGAGUGUUGUGUUAAAGUUUGUAAAAGGAAACAAAGGAGACAUCGGAGAAAAAGGCUGCAGGGGACAACCAGGAGACCCUGGUUAUGGCUUUUAUGGAAAAGGAGCAAAGGGAGACAAAGGAGAGGAGGGUCCACAGGGAAAGGCAGGGAAGGAAGGUGAUCCUGGACAACCUGGAUUAAAGGGAUGGCCCGGCCCUAGAGGUGAUCCAGGAUAUUCGGGGACACCAGGAUGGACAGGUGAAAAGGGAAAUAGGGGCCCAUCUGGUCCACCUGGAGAUAUAUUUGGACCUGGGACUCAGCCACUCAAAGGAUACCAUGGAGAUCCAGGUUCCCCAGGCACACCUGGGCUCCCUGGCCAUCAAGGUCCUGUGGGAUUUCCUGGACCUGUGGGACCUCCAGGCUAUGCCCUGGGAAGUUAUGUGCCAGGUCCACCUGGUCCUGUUGGCUUUCCAGGCCCCAAAGGGGACCCUGGGGAGCCUGGGGAUAUUUAUUGGGGACUGCCAGGUCCAGAUGGGGAUCCUGGUUAUCCAGGGCCUCCUGGAAAUCCUGGCCCACCUGGACCUCCAGAAGAUAGAACUAAUAGGAUUACCAAGGGUCUCCCAGGAAUGAAGGGAAGGAAGGGUAUACCUGGACCUAUGGGAUAUGAUGGGAUAUUUGGAAAGAAAGGAGAGAAGGGGGAGCCCUGUUACGAGUGUAUUGGAUCAGGAUACCCAGGACCACCAGGUCCCCCUGGUCCAGUCGGCAUCCCUGGCUACAAUUCAGGACCAGGUGCCAAAGGUGAUCCAGGCAGCCCAGGACCAAGAGGAUUACCUGGAAGACCAGGUCCUAUUGGUCAAACAGGAUUUCCUGGUCCUCCUGGACAAAAAGGAGAAUCGUAUUCCUACAGCACCCCUGGAAUUAACGGAGAGAUGGGAGACCCAGGACAGCCUGGCAGGCCUGGUCCAGAUGGUCGUACUGGGCUUCCUGGGUUACCGGGCCGGAAAGGACAUCAAGGCCCUCCAGGAGAUUCGUAUCCCUUCCCUGGAGUGGAGGGAGAUCGUGGUUUCCCAGGUCCACUAGGGACUGUAGGUAGACCAGGACCAGUUGGCUAUCGUGGGCCAGUAGGAUAUGGGCCUAUUGGACUUCCAGGAAGUAAAGGAGAUGCUGGGGUACCUGGCUUGCCAGGACAUCCUGGAAUUCCAGGCCAGAAAGGGGAACCUAUCCACAUCCAUUACCUAGGACUUCCUGGACCACCUGGAUUUGAAGGUCGGCCUGGUUUACCCGGAAGCCCAGGUUAUCAAGGAGCACCAGGUAUUCCAGGAGCACCUGGUCCUCCAGGACAGAAAGGCAAAAAAGGAGACGUGUCAUUUCCUGGAAGGCCAGGGAUCCCAGGACAGAAAGGUGAAAAGGGGCGGCUGGGUCUUCCAGGCAUGCCAGGUAGGGGCUUACCUGGUCAUCCAGGUCCACAAGGUCCUCCUGGUCCUCCAGGAUUGAAGGGUGACAGUGGCCCUGGAUACCCUGGCCCCCCAGGUCCCCCAGGGGUUCCAGGAGAAGUCGGCGCUCAGGGGCGUGAAGGAGAUCCUGGGGCCCCUGGUCUACCUGGGAACCCAGGGCUAACUGGCAGUCCUGGUUUUCCAGGAGAAAAAGGAAGUAAAGGUUAUGCAGGGCUCCCAGGACUACCUGGUAGCAAAGAUUCAUGUGUUGGUUUACCUGGGCCAGUGGGAUCACCUGGACCAGAUGGCUAUCAAGGACAUCCAGGACCUAAUGGCUUGCUUGGUGAGAAGGGGAAUGCAGGCUUGCCAGGGUUUGGUCACCCCGGCCCCCCUGGUGAGCCUGGCUCUGCUGGACUAUCUGUGCCGGGUUUACCUGGGGCUCCUGGGCAAAAAGGCGUGAGAGGACAAAACGGCUUCCCUGGUCAACCAGGACUACGAGGAGACCCUGGUCCAAAUGGAAUACCAGGAUAUGGACUAGAUGGAUUGCCUGGAACUGUAGGACCACCAGGCCCAAUCGGUUCUCCUGGCCCCAAUGGAGCCAGAGGUCCCAGGGGUCCACCAGGAAUGACUGGAGACCCAGGUCCCAGAGGUCUUCCAGGCCCUUCAUCACCACAACCAAUCAACAUUGUUGGCCCCCCGGGGGACCCUGGUGAAUCAGGUCACCCUGGUCUAACUGGCCCCCCUGGAGAUCCUGGAAGAGCUGGAUCCAAAGGGCAGAGAGGGAGAGAGGGAGCACCAGGGGGUCCUGGACAAAGAGGCGCCCUAGGUGAUCCAGGUAUUGAUGGACCAGUGUUCUCAGAAGGAAGUCGAGGACCUGCUGGAGCCCCGGGAGACCCAGGAGUUAGAGGACCUUCAGGCUCAAAAGGAAUAAAAGGAGAUCAAGGAAUCCCUGGAAGGCCAGGUCCAACUGGUGCAACAGGUCCACCUGGUUUAAAAGGAAGUAAUGGAGAACCAUUUUACUAUGGAUAUGGACCACGUGGACCGGUAGGACAAAAGGGUGAACCAGGAUUAAGCAGUACUAUUGUGAUGAAGGGUCAGAAGGGAGAACCUGGUGUUGGUGGACUAGUAGGUCUACUUGGAGACCGUGGAGCCAAAGGAACCCCAGGACCUGUUGGAGAAUAUGGUUCACCAGGCUAUCAAGGGCCUAAAGGUUCCGAUGGGUCCCCAGGAAGCAAAGGACACCCAGGACCUAUUGGAUGGCCAGGUGACCCAGGUCCACAGGGUGUCGGUGGCUAUCUUGGUCCUAAAGGAAACCAGGGCCAGGAUGGGAUCCCUGGACCACCAGGACAGAAAGGGGACACUACUGUAAUCGAAGGGGCACCCGGAAGGCGUGGUGACACAGGUCUGCCAGGCCCCCAUGGGAACCCUGGUCCUCCUGGCUUGUCUGUUACAGCAAGUCCUGGACCAAUAGGAGACAGAGGAUUUCAAGGUCGACCUGGGGCCUCCGGUCCAAGAGGACCAUCAGGUAGAGAAGGGGCAUGUAUUCCUGGGCCUAAAGGAGACCGUGGCCAUCCUGGGAAUCCUGGCGCCCCAGGCUUUCCUGGAUUCCCUGGCCCUCCAGGUCCAGCUGUGACUGGGCUUAAAGGAGACACAGGGGACCCAGGUCCUACAGGAAGCCCAGGCUAUAUUGGACAGCCAGGGGAUCCAGGCCCUCCAGGACCACCUGGUGGAAAGGGCAGAGCUGGAGACCCAGGACCCAGGGGUGACUAUGGUCCUCCUGGACACCAUGGGCCCCCUGGUGACAUAGGAGGCCCUGGGAAAAUCCCAGGCCUGCCUGGACCACCUGGGACCAAAGGAUUACCUGGACAACCUGGCUUAAAAGGUCUACCAGCAUUUGCCAGAGUCAUAUAUGAACCAGGACCGCCUGGUUUACCUGGUCAUCUUGGCAAUAGAGGAGUUCCAGGGAUCACUGGACCAUCAGGGCCACCAGGCCGUCCAGGCCAGCCAGGCGCCAAAGGAGUCCAUGGUUCCAGCCAAGUUGGCCAGCCUGGAUUUCCUGGCAACAAAGGAGAUAAAGGAAUAGCUGGUCUGCAAGGCCUAAAAGGAAUACCUGGAGGCCCAGGCCACAAGGGACCUCCAGGGCCGCCUGGUAGAAGUGGCCCAGAUCAUGUUUACAGUUUUCUGAUAGCUAGGCACAGUCAGAGCAUCCAUGUCCCUCAGUGCCCUCAAGGCACCAGUCUCAUCUACUCUGGUUACUCCUUUCUCUUUAUGAAUGGAAAUGAGAGAACUCAUGGUCAGGACCUUGGUAAGUGCAUGGAAACCUUUAUGCCCAGGAAUACUGUACAGAUUCUGCACCGUUUUGUCGAUACUUACCGUACGUCUUCUAACACUUCAAACUUAGGCUCUAUGGGAAGCUGUCUCCCUCGUUUCUCCACCAUGCCCUUCCUGUUCUGUGACACAGAAGCAAGCUGCCGCUAUGCUUCUCGUAACGACUACUCAUACUGGCUGUCCACUGACACGCCUAUGCCUGCCAACAUGGUUGCCAUCACGGGGGAUAAGCUCUCCUCAUACAUCAGCAGGUGCUCAGUGUGUGAAACCACCUCCAAUGUCAUAGCUGUCCACAGCCAGACAACUGUGAUACCUGAAUGUCCCAGAGGCUGGGAAUCUCUAUGGACUGGUUACUCCUUUGUCAUGCAAAUAGGAGUAGGUGCGGGUGGCUCCACUCAACCACUGGUUUCUCCUGGUUCUUGUCUGGAAAGUUUCCGCCAAGUACCCUUCAUCGAGUGUCAUGACAGGGGAACAUGUAACUACUACCCUGAUUCCUAUAGCUACUGGCUGGCCUCCCUUGACCCCAGAAACAUGUUCAGUAAACCUAUUCCUCAGACAGUGAAGGGACCUUCUCUACAAAGUAUUAUCAGCCGAUGUCGGGUCUGUAGGAAACCAUGGCAACCUGGCUCAGAUGAGAGACGCGGGGACAACUUUUAACACUCAGUAUUUUAUUUUUCAGUGUUAUUUAAAAUCUAAAAUAUGAUAAAUGUGGACCUUAUUAGUAUGUAUUGUGCAACUCUGGUCCUUUCAUGUUACAAAUCAGUAUUUAAGGAAAUUAACUCUGAAAUGCACACUUCAACAUAUUUCAACCAAAGUGACCAUUUUCUGAUGGCAGUUAUUUAAACACUAAUAAUUGUGAAUAUUAAAGUUAAUGAAACAUUUGGUGAGCUUCUGUAUUUUAUAGAGAAUGUCACCAGAUUAUUCUAGUGCUGGCAGUAAUAGUAGUAACAACAGUAGUGUUGUGCUAUUUUUUUCUCCCAGUUCUCACAUGCAGUGUAUUUCUUUAAAUGCUUUAUCUGAUGUUUCAUUUUGCAAUUUUACUGUAAUGGUAAGGGUGUUAAUAUUAUAAACAACCUAAUGACAUAUUGGAAACAUGCCAUCUGUGACCUUGACAAACCUGAACAGUGACAGUAAUAGUUGCUUAACUCUUAAAAGCACAGCACCUACAUUGUCCCUAUUGUCAUUUACAUGUAAUUAACACAUUUUAAUAAAAAAAAAACCUGGUUUCUGUGACACCCAGACAAGUGAAAGAUAAUUGUGUUUGCUUCUU